AUGUCGACGAGAUGCGAGACGGUGGUGGGCACCGCCGCGGACGACGGCGCGUCGGUCCGAGCCAGCGGCGCCGCGCGGGACGACUCCGGCGAGAGGUACGUCUACGUGGGGAACUUGGACUUCUUCGACGACCCGGAUGACGUGCGGCGGUACCUCGCCGCCGCGCUCGCGCGCGCGACGCCCGCGUCCCCAGUCCCGUCGUCCAUCGCGGUGCCGGGCUGGGGAUCGGGACCCCGCGUCGACCAGAGGAAGAGGCGCGACGAGGGCAAGCUCAACCGGGGGUUCGCGGUGUUGGAGUUCGCGGACGCGGACGCCGGGCGCGCCGCCGCCGCGGCGCUCGACGGCGCGGACGUCAACGGCAGGGCGCUGCGGUCCAGCCCGGGGGUCACGGUCAAGAAAAACGACGGCGGGGACCCGAGCGAUGACGACGACAACGGCGGCGAGGACGAAGCCGCCGCGCUGGCUCGCGCGGAACGACGCGCGCACAACAGGCGGCAGCGACGACGACGUAAACAGCGCGACGCCGCCGCGUUGGAGGAGAGGCUCGAGAGGCUGAUGAGGACCCAUCCCCUGUGGGGGACCGACGAUCGCGCGGCGGGGGAAGCGCGGAGGUUCGUCGAGGCUGACUCGUCGGACGACCGUUACGACCGUUACGACGACGACGACGACGACGACGGGUGGUGGGACGACGAAACGUGGCGCGAGGGUUGGGGCUCGCUCUACAGCGUGUGGGCGAGCAAGGACGACGCGACGGGUCUGGGAUUCAUCGACUGGGCGAAGUGCCCGCCCGCCGCCGACCCGGCUGGAUCGAACAAGCGGGGAGGAGCCGCCAGGGGCACGCGGAAGAGGCUCCAGGUGGAGUCCUUCCGAGCGGUGGUGAGUGCGGCGGCGACGACGCUCGGGCUCGGUCCGGGCGGAUCGAAACGGCGGCCGACGAUCGUGGACUUCGGGUGCGGGACCGGCAACCUGCUGCUGCCCCUCGCCGCUCAGCACCCCGAGGCGGAUUUUGUCGGGUUGGAUCUCAACCCCCGGUCGAUCGAUCUGCUGUCGGCGAGGGCGAGGGACGCGGGCCUCGCGAACGUCGCCGCGAGGGUGGGUCUCAUAGAGGAGUACGAGGGCCGAUGCGAUCUGGCCCUGGCGCUGCACGUGUGCGGCAGCGGAACGGACGCGGUGCUGCUGCAGGCGCAGGCGAGGGGCGCGGCGUUUGUGGUGGCUCCGUGCUGCAUCGGGAAGCUGCGCGACGGCGGGCUCAAGUCGGUGGCUGGGAUGAAAAACGCGAUUUCAACCGCCGACGGGGACGGGGACGGGAACGGGGACGGGGACGGGGACGGGGACUGGCGAGACGACACGUUGGUGGUCCGGCCCGGGGGCGGGAUGCCGCAUCUGACCGUGAUCCACCCGCGAUCGCGAUGGAUGCGCGGGGAGGUGCAGCGACCCGCGUACAUGGACUUGGCAGCCGCCGCGGAUUGGAGCGGUCACGCGGGGGUGGACGCGAUGGAGGCGUUCACCGGCGAGCUCGGGCGCCUUCCCCGCGCGGCGAAGGCUGCUGUCGAGUUGGACCGUGGCGCGGCGGCGGCGGAGGCUGGGUAUGGGGUUCGAAUGAUGAAGAUGCUCCACCCAGGCGCGGGCCUCAAAAACGAUGUCAUAGUGGGGUUCCCUCGAGGUGCGGAUCCCCUUCGAGAGCACGUGUUCGGACCCGACGCCAGCUUUUGA